AUGAGCACUGAAGCGAGCCCGUCCCCUGCGCCCCGAAAUGGACCCCAGGACCCCGAGGCCUCUCCCGGGCCCCCCCCUCCCCACCCUCAGGAGCGACCCCACCAACUACUGCAGGACCCGCGCCCCGCCCCCAUUGGUAUUGAUAUGAGCUUCGAGCGGAGGCACACGAAUUCUACCCGCACACUAACGACCCUCCGUCUAACGCGCCCUAAAGACCGCCGCCACAGAGGACUGAACCUGACGAUGAUUGCGCCAGGCAGACAGCAGCGGCUCCCGCUCGGUGUGGCCGCACGUCAGCGAGGUGGGGAGGCAAAACGUCUUAUUGUAUUCUUCCAUUCCGGCAUUGAGUCCACACUCGGAAGGGAGGAGCUAAAAGACGUACACAGCGUCGUGGUGUACGAAUCGACCCACCCCGUCGACCAUAUUCACGCCCACACCGUCGAGACGCACCACAACGCCCACGCCCACUUGAGCAGCGAGGGCGCCACCUACGCGACUCUCGAAUCUGCGCCGGCUAUCACAACCCUGGCUUCGAUUCCUUAUACGACGGAUCCCUAUCCCUAUUACUACAAAGCUGAUAUGUACGUGAAGGACGAGACCCGUAGGGGCGGCGGGUAUGACUACGUGCAGCCUUCGUACAUGACGUCAGCAAGCCACGCCCACCCGACCGCCCACAGCCACGCCCACUUGCAGAAGGCGGAGUCUGCGAUGUGGACGACUACUCCAGAGUACAGCCAGCUCCCGCCGGAGAUGCUGGAGCGUCCCACUGCGAUCUCCCACCACUCGUACAUGACACAGCCUGCGCCAGCCUCCUGGUCCUCUGCAGGAUACGACUCCAUCCUGCACACAGCCAAUGGGGAAACCUACAGGAGGAUCGAGCCAGGUGAGCCGGAGUGCAACGAGAAUCGCGAGUGUGUCAACUGCGGCUCCUGACGACCCGGCUCUGGCGUCGGGAUUCCGGAGGCCACUACCUUUGCAAUGCCUGCGGGUCUCUACAACAGGGCAAACGGGGUCAACCGGCCUCACGUGCGCAGCCAGAGGAGGGUCAGCAGCCCAGUGAG